UUUCCAGUAUCAGUUAGUGAAUAGUGGAGCAGCAUGGCGUUAAAUCACACUUUCAGACUAUUCCUUGUUUUUCUGCACACCCCCUGGAGAUCCUCCGAGGACCCCUGCUGUCCCAGCAGGCCUCUCUUUUACUGUACGUAGUAAACAUACAGGCGUUCAUUCACCGUGUCGCGUCACAAUUAUCCACCUGGUGGCGCUGUACCCCCUCUGUGUCCUCAUUCAUGUGACCGCCGUGGAGAGGCGGGGUUAUACUCGAACAAUUUAGGUGCUACAGUGAAUCCAACAAAGUGUCCGUGAUAACUGAGCGCGGCGCAUCUGCCCUCCGUUGCGCUCUCAUUUCCUAACCGCCGCGGAUGUACAAGAGAGCAACCUCGGACAUCAAAUGACAGUUGUAACGGAGGCGGGACGGGACUGAAUCCUAACACAUUCAUAUGAGGAGGUUGUCACAGUGUGGCUAGGUCAAGUGGAUGGACUGAGUAAAGCUGACGUGCUGCUCUGUCCUAUCAGGCUGAUGUAUGUCCCCAGUGAGGAGACUACAGUCCUCAGGAGCCACAUAGCACCUCCCCUCCACCUCCACCAUCAUCACCUCUUCCUUUGUCUAGGGGCAUGCCUUCUGAACCCAGCCUCAGCAGUCGGGAGAUGCUGACAGGACAGAGGCUCUGUCAGUCAAAGUCCCACCAGGACUUGGUCCUCUCUGCCCUCAACCAGCAGAGGAAGGAUGGCUUGCUGUGUGACGUCACCCUAGUCGCCGGUGAGCAGAAGUUCCACGCCCACAAAGCCGUCCUGGCAGCGUGCAGCGAUUACUUCAGGGCUAUGUUCAGCUUGUGCAUGGUGGAGAGUGAAGCAGACGAAGUGACCCUGCAAGGAGUGACCAGCGUUGGACUGAAGCACGCUUUGGACUUUGCUUACACUGGACAGAUCCUGCUGGAACCCGCGGUGAUCCAGGACGUCCUGUCCGCAGGCAGCCACCUCCAGCUGCUGGAGCUCCUCAGCCUCUGCUCCCACUACCUCAUCCAGGAACUGAGCAGUGUGAACUACCUGGAGCUGUACCGCGUGGCCGACCUGUUCCACCUCCCCGCCUUAGAAGAGGCCGUGGUGGGCUUCCUGGUGGAGCAUCUGUCUGAGCUGAGCCAGAGCAGACAGGACGAGGCCCUGCAGCUGCCCUACCGCCUCCUCAGGGAGGUGCUGAAGAGCGACCGCCUCACCUCCCUGAGCGAGGAGGAGAUAUGGAAGUUGGUCGUUCUGUGGCUGGAACACGACUGUCGAUACCAGUACACUGAGGAUCUACUCCAGCACGUCCGCUAUGGCCUGAUGGACGUCCCCACACUGCACCACCUUGCCCGUAGCCACCCUCUGGUCCAGUCCAGCCCUACCGCUGCCGCCCUUGUGGAGGAGGCCCUGGAUUACCAUCAUGCCACCUUUGCCCAGCCCCUCCACCAGUCGGCCCGCACCAGGCCCCGUUUCCAGUCUCUCACCCUCUACAUAGCUGGCGGGCGUAAGCGGGAGGUGAGCAGAGUCAGGGAGCUGCGGUACUUCAACCCAGCAGCUCAGGAGCACGUACGCGUCGCUGGCGGGUCAAACUGGAGUGAGCUGGUGCCCAUGCCCACUGGUCGCAGCCACCAUUGUGUGGCCGUAAUGGGGAAUUUUCUCUUUGUUGUGGGUGGGGAGGUGGAGCAUGCCACUGGGAGGACGUGUGCUGUAAGGACAGCUUGUCGAUACGACCCUAGGGGCAACUGUUGGACUGAGAUUGCCCCCAUGAAGGCCUGCAGAGAACACUUUGUCCUGGGUGCUCUGGGUCAGUACCUGUAUGCAGUAGGGGGCAGGAAUGAGCUGAGGCAGGUGCUGCCCUCUGUGGAGCGCUACUGUCCCAAGAGGAACAAGUGGAUGUUUGUCCAACCCUUCGACCGCUCACUGUCCUGCCACGCCGGGUGUGUGGCUGACAACCUGCUCUGGGUCUCAGGUGGGGUGACGAACACAGCUCAGUACCAGAAUCGACUGAUGGUGUACGACCCAGAACAGGACCAGUGGUUGCCCCGCAGCCCCAUGUUGCAGAGGCGAGUUUACCACGUCAUGGCAGCGGUGAGGAGGCAACUCUAUGUGCUAGGCGGGAACGACCUGGACUACAACAACGACCGAAUCCUGGUCCGCCAUAUCGACUCAUACAACAUGGACUUGGACCAGUGGACGCGCUGCUCCUUCAGCCUUCUCACGGGUCAAAAUGAGUCCGGAGUUGCCGUCCAUGAUGACAGGAUCUAUGUGGUCGGAGGAUACUCCAUUUGGACCAACGAGCCUCUGGCAUGCAUUCAGGUGCUGGAUCUGAGCACAGAGGGGAAAGAGGAGGUUUUCUACGGGCCAACACUGCCAUUUGCCUCCAAUGGGAUAGCAACUUGUUUCCUCCCCGCUCCUUACUUCACCUGCCCAAACCUACAGACUCUUCAAGUACCCCAUCACAGGAUAGGUGCUGUUUAAACCACUGGUGAACAAAACGCCCGAAAACACGAACACGUAACCAGAGAAUGGACUGUGGACUGCCAGGAUUUGCAAACGUGACUGACAAAACUACUGGAUCAUAGUAAUCAUCCUGGAACCUGCCAUCUCUGUCACACAAGUGUACAGGGAUUUCUUUGAGACCCAAAUGUAAUAACAAUACUUUCCUGAUCUACAAGAGCCAUGUGAUUCUGCAAGCUUGUAGGAAACUGAAAAUCAAGCAGCCGUCAGCUGUAAUACAGCAUAUCUGUUGUAUUUCCCCAAAGACCAAGACACCGUUCAUGAUGUCCAGUGAAGACGCGACAAGCAAGUUAAGGAAAAAAAAAUAUCUCCAGAGAGAUUAUGAUUCCCUCAGAAGACAAGGAACAAAAUGCCAAUCCUAUUCCCAAUUAAGUGACUUGUGGUAAGCAGACAUCACUGAAUACUCAGUUAUCCACACACAGUUCAAAGAAACUGUUGUUUUGUUACCCAUUAUAGGGCUGGAGGAGCUUUUCUCUCUAGCGCUCCCAUCAAACCUCUAUAAUCACUUUAGUAGCCUGAAAAACAUGUGCAGGAUGUUUUUUCAAGAUACAGAGGACAAAGCCUGUUUUCGCAUUGACUCGCAUGUACUUUGAAAUUACAGAUUGGGUUAGCAAGUAUCAAGAGCCUGAGGCUGAAGCCCAUCACUGCAUAAAUGACCAUGUGAUUUGAUUGUUAUUCAAAUAAGGCAAAAAUUACUUUAUUUUCCUGCAACAUGCUACUGUAUGUGUGAGUUUUUUUUUUUUUAUUAUUAUGCUCAGGACCUAAGACUGUUUAUGUUUUAUUGAACGUCUGGCCAUUGUCAGCAUUUGGAGACUAUCUGUUAAAUAUUCUCCAAAGUGUGUAUAUGAUAUUAUAAUAAUGUGAUUUUCAAAACAAAAUCUUUCACUGAAAGACUGCACUCCCUCGUCUGUCCAAAACGACAUGUCUGAAAGAAUACACGGAACAUUUUCAGAAUAAAGAAGCUGCUUAAAUAAAAAGGUCAGGGAGACUGUUAAUAGCUCUAAUUGAAAGGUGAAUUAUUUAGCAACAUUAUACAACUAAACACUCAUUUAAUUUAUUUAAUUUAAAUCAUCGCCUCCACUGCUUUUCUUUUGCUUCUCCAUCCACCUCUGAUACUGCUGGAGAAAAGGAAGAAAAGGAAUGCAGUACAGCAGAGAGCUGUUCAGAUGAAGGGGUGCAUUGCAGUUAGAUGAGGCUGGAAAAUGACUAGCAAUGACAGAAAAUGGGACUCGGUGAUUGUGGGAGACAGGAGUGAGACUUCAUGUGAUUAGGUGCAAACUAAAGCCGGAUUGCAAGAGAUUGCUGCGACUUGGAAAGGCGAGAGAGAGAGCGAGAGAGAGAGAGAGAGAGAGAGAGAGAGAAUUGGAACAAACAGUACUCUCCUUUACUCUCUUCUUUUUUUCCCCUUGCUACUGAACUCUUUGGGUUCGCCCACGACUGUCAUCAAAUCUGUAAUUCAGAGUGCCAACCGAGUAGAG